UUAAGCUAGUAUGGUUCUAUAGAGUUCUGUGAUGCUUGGACGAUGGCCUUUAGUAAUUGAGGAUUAUCUUUUCAAGACUGUUUUAGUCGGUGAUUUAGCUGUGGUAAAACCAAAAUUUCUUGCAAGAUAUGCUAGAGACUUUUGUACCCUAAUUUGAAGUCAACCACCUGGAAAAUCUGAUAUUAAUGUUUAAUUCUUUUGGAAAAAUUGUCAAGCAAACCAAAAAUCUUAGUUCAUUGGAGCUUAAGAUUAUUAUUCACAUUGAGAACUCUUGCAAAGCUAGCUUCUUAGCUGGGAAUAUUGGAGAUGGUAGUGGUUCAACCAAGAAGAAUAUUGAGUCAGAGCCUGAAGCUGAAUGGGAGAGUUUACUUGAACCUUUUGAUCUCACAAAACUUAGAAAGUCUCGCAUUCUAAUUACCCCAGUUCAACUUUGUAAAUUGCUUGAGCUUCCACUUGAUGUACCCACAUUGUUGGAAAUAUUUGAACGGGUGGGUGCCCAGAAGGGAUAUUGCCAUACAUUUGACGUAUACUAUGUGUUAAUAAGUAAGCUCGGGACAAUUGGGGAGUUCAAGGUUAUAGAUAAACUGUUAAUGCAGAUGAAAGAAGAAGGGAUUGUUUUUCGAGAGUCCAUUUUCAUGAUAAUUAUGAAACAUUAUGGGAAAGCCGGCCAACCUGGACAAACAAUUAGAUUGCUCUUAGAUAUGAGGGCUGUCUAUUCAUGUGAACCAACUUUCCAAUCUUAUGAUGUAGUUUUGGAAAUACUUGUGACCGGUAAUUGCCCAAGAGUUGCUACAAAUGUUUUCUAUGACAUGUUGAGUAAGGGUAUCCCUCCCACUGUUUUUACUUUUGGCAUUGUGAUGAAAGCGUUUUGUAUGGUUAAUGAGGUUGACUCUGCGUGCUCACUCCUUAGAGACAUGACAAGGCAUGGAUGUGUACCUAAUUCUAUAGUUUAUCAGACUUUAAUACAUGCACUAUCAAAAAGUAACCAAGUAAGUGAAGCCUUAAAGCUUUUGGAAGAGAUGUUUGUGAUGGGAUGCAUGCCUGAUGUUCAAACCUUCAAUGAUGUUAUUCAUGGCCUCUGCAGGGUAAAUAAAAUUCAUGAUGCAGCCAAAUUGGUUGAUCGAAUGCUUCUGCGAGGUUUUAAGCCAGAUAACAUGACUUAUGGUGUUCUGUUGCAUGGACUAUGUAGGAUUGGAAAACUCAAUGAAGCAAGAGCAUUAUUGGACAAAAUCCCUUGUCCAAAUAAUGUGAUCUUCAAUAUUUUAAUCAAUGGGUAUGUUAUGAGUGGACAACUGAAGGAAGCUCAAAGUUUUCUUAAUGAGACUAUGAUAAAUUUUGGUUUUGACCCUGAUGUUUUUACAUACAAUAUAUUGAUGCAUGGUCUUUGUAAAGAGGGGAGUCUUGGUUUUGCUCGUGAUUUGGUCAAUGAGAUGUCUAGGAGGGGUUGCAAGCCCAAUGUGAUCACAUAUGCAAUAUUGGUUGAUGGGCUUUGUAAAGAAGGGCUUCUCGAAGAAGCUGGUCUUGUGUUACAUGAGAUGUCAACAAAGGGGUUGAGUAUAAACACAGUUAUAUACAAUUGCUUGAUGUCCGCACUAUGUAGGAACGAGAAGGUUCACGUUGCUUUAAAUUUGUUUAGUGAAAUGUCCACAAAAGGGUGCAAGCCUGACUUAUUUACAUAUAAUUCUCUAAUCUAUGGGUUGUGCAAGGUUGAUAAGAUUGAUGAAGCCUUCAGGUUGUUUCAUAAUAUGUUAUCAGAUGGCGUAGUUGCCAACAAUGUAACUUACAAUACACUGAUUCAUGCGCUUUUGAGAAGAGGUGCAUUCCAAAAUGCCCUCUCACUUGUUAAUGAUAUGCUGUUCAGAGGAUGCACCCUUGAUAAGAUUUCUUACAACGGACUGAUAAAAGCAUUUUGCAAGGUUGGGAAUGUUGAAAAAGGAUUGGGAUUGUUUGAGCAAAUGACAAUGGAUGGACUUGGCACUGAUACUAUAUCAUGUAAUAUUUUGAUCAAUGGGCUGUGUAAAGUUGGAAAAGUGGAUAAUGCAUUUGAGUUUCUUAGAGAUGUGAUUAAUCGAGGUUUUGUGCCCGAUAUAGUCACUUAUAAUAGUGUUUUAAAUGGACUUUGCAAGCUUGGACGUAUUGAGGAAGCCUUUAAUCUAUUUGAUAGAUUACAAGUUGAAGGUGUUCGCCCUGAUGCUUUUACCUAUAACACUUUUAUCAGUUGGCAUUGUAGAGAAGGAAUGGUGAAUGACGCUUGUUUAUUUUUUUAUAGAGGUGUAGAGAGUGGUUUUGUACCUAGUAAAGUGACUUGGAAUGUGCUGGUCAAUACUUUGGUAAAGCAAGGUGACAUGGAGAAUUUGUUUUUUAUGUUAGAUGAUUUAUGGUGAUAAAAUGUACUUGUAAAUACAUUUUUGUGUUUGAUGUUAUUAUGAUACCAGUUGACGUGUUUGAUGUUAAUAUGGUGAUUUUUGUUUCUCCUGUUCCAUUUUUAAGCAUUCUAAUUUUGUCAAUAUUUACAACUAAAAAAUCUCUCUUGGGACACUUCAGUUUUUCAUUGUUAAGCACACAUUAAGAAGAAAUUUUGGGAUUGCAAGUAAAUUAGCGAAUUGCUAGCACCCUUAGAACAAAAUUAUGAGGCUGACAAUUUUUUUGAAAUAUAGUUUUUAUGCAAGAAACCAGAGAAGCUAUUCUUUAAGAUAAUGAAAAAGUUACAAAAAUGAGAGGAGGUGGACAAAAAGGUCUUCUAAUUUGCCCCAAGAUUAGAUAUGCUGUAAUCACAAAAAUGGAUGGUGGAAUUUGCAUCAAGAGCAACAUAGUGUGGUAGUAUUACCUCAUAAUCUAUGGAAAAUUUUACGACAUAGAUUUUUCCUUUUUCUUCUCCACCAAAGCGCCAAAAUGAAGAAGCUCUUAUAACAUAAGACCAUAAUAUCUUUUUCUUUUAGAAGGAUGACCUCUGAGAACUUAAGUGAUGUGGGUGAUAUAGAAUGCACAGAGUUGUAAUUUGCUUCCGUUAAAAUGUUGCAACGUUUUACUGUGUUUGUAUGCUCUCUCUACACUCUAGCUUCUGGAAUAAAUAGCAGCAACCAUCAGAAUAAUUUCCUCUGUAUUGUUUUUAGAAUUUUGGUUAACUAUAAAUUCUUUUUUCAUAAAUUUCUUCGUACAUUAUUUUUGGUUCUUGGA